CGGCCGGGGGCAGCGGGACCAGGCCUCGCUUACUCCUUCGCCUGCUGCCAGCCGGGCCGGCGGCGCAGCACGUCCAGGACGGGCCCGGCGAGGCCGCACUUGAAGCGGACGCAGGGCCGGGGGCGGCCGGAGGGCGGCGGGGGCGGGAGCGGGGCGGCCCCGCGGGGAGAGGCGGCCCUGCUGCCCGGCCCGGCCCCGCCGCGCUCCGCCGGGCGCUGCUUCGGCCUCUUCGGGGCGCGGGGAGCGGCGGCCUGCGGGGAGAGGAGCGGAGAGGCGAGGCGCCUUGUCCGGCCGCGCUGGCAGCGGCGGCCGUCAGCAGACAGCGCGCCCAGCGCUCCCACACCACCGCUCAGAGGUGGAGUUUCUCCUCCUUUGUCUCCUCCCGGAGCAAGCUCUUCAUGACGGAAAUCCUCCCAGGGAGCGUCCGGAGCAGCUUCGCCUGGGGACAGGGCGGACGGUAGCAUCGGGGACAAGGACAGCUGCUCCCCGCCCCUCCCAGGGCGCGUACUGCAGACCAUGGGAAAUGGCAUGAGCAAGAUCCUCCCCGGCCUUUACCUGGGAAACUUCAUCGAUGCCAAAGACCUGGAGCAGCUCAGCCGGAACAAGAUUACCCACAUUGUUUCCAUCCAUGAAUCCCCCCAGCCCUUGCUGCAGGACAUCACCUACCUCCGUAUUCCCCUGCCAGACACGCCAGAGGCCAACAUCAAGAAGCACUUCAAGGAAUGCAUCAGUUUUAUCCACCAGUGUCGCCUGCAUGGAGGGAACUGCCUUGUCCACUGCCUGGCCGGGAUCUCCCGCAGCACCACUGUCGUCGUCGCCUAUGUCAUGGCCGUCACGGAGCUGAGCUCUCAGGAGGUGCUGGAGGCCAUCAGAAGCGUGCGACCCGUCGCCAACCCCAACCCUGGCUUCAAGCAGCAGCUGGAGGAGUUCGGCAGCAGCGCAGCCCGCAAGAUCCGCAGGCACCUGAGGCAGAGGUAUGGGUCAUCCCCUUUCAAUGACGAGGAAGAAAUCAAGGCCCUGCUGCCAGCGGGGAGAGGAGCCUCCAGAGCAGAGGGAGCUCUGCAAGGACUGGUCCCGAGAGCCAGGGACAUCAAGAGCACCGCUCCCUUUCUGCUGCGGGUGAAGAGGACGUUCUCCUGCAUCCCGGCGUGUCUGAAGUGAUCACGGCCAGGGAGGGAGAGCAGCAGAAAUCACCUAACAGCCUGGUGAAAACUAAGCUGCAGCACCGCUGGCCUGGAGGGGAAGUGCUGUGCUGCGGAGCCACAGGCAAGCACAGCUCCUUCUCCUCUCUGGGUUCAAGCGUGCCAUCUUCUGUCCUGGCUUUCAGCUAUCGGGGGCGGGAUUCAUUUGCACUGCUGCGCUCUGCAGACCACUGCGGGGGUCAGCCCCUUGGUGCCUGGUGUGGGAGGACAUCUGGUGAAAGCAGAUGACGGUCCCCCGGUCACCGUGGGCUCUGGCUCCGGGCAGAGUGGCAGACAGGGCUUCCCAGCAACCAGGUGAUGCUGACAGCAGCUUUAGCACUUCAGUACCAGCUGCAUGGGCCUCAGGGGCACACACGGGGUGCAGGAAAGCUUGCUGACCCCUCGGGGCAGAUUUCCCACCAGCAGCAGCAUCAAGCUUCCAGAGCCGAGGUGGCUGCGGGGCAGGGGCACGCGGGUGCCCCGGCACUCCAGGCCAACCAAGCACAAGCCCCGAGCAAGCACCGCAGCUUUAGGAGUUCAUCGCACCCCAUUCCCACUGAUACCAGGGCACAAUCUUUACGUGGUGGGAAAUAAAUGUUUAACCUAGCCAGACCUCACUAAAGCGGAGCCUUAAGCCAUUUUGCUUAAAGACUUUCUAUGUCCUCGUAGUAAUAAACGUCUCUUCUCUGCGGUC